AUGGACCCUCGCAGCAAUAAAACACAACCAGAAGGCAAAGUCCAACAACCAAAGCCCCAGGCCCUGCCGAACCGUGCAGGUCCUUCGGCCAUUCUAGUAUCGUCUCGCCAAAAAGGCAACCCGAUUCUCAACUACGUAAAGCUUGUGCCUUGGGAGUAUGCCGAUAUCCCCGCAGACUAUGUGCUGGGAGCCACGACCUGUGCGCUGUUUCUGUCCUUGAAAUACCAUCGGCUGCACCCAGAAUAUGUCUACUCCCGGAUAAAGCUCCUCGCGGGCAAAUACAGUCUACGCAUUCUGUUGGUCAUAGUAGACAUUCCAAAUCACGAGGAGACGCUCAAGGAACUCUCAAAAACAUCACUCGUGAACAAUUUGACGCUGAUUCUCUGCUGGUCGGCCCCCGAAGCUGCGCACUAUCUAGAGCUCUUUAAAUCAUCUGAAAAUGCACAGCCCACGGCUAUUCGAACCCAGCAAGCGCAGUCCUACAAGGAGAGUUUGGUCGAGUUUGUCACGGUGCCACGGAGUAUCAACAAGUCUGAUGCUGCCAGCUUGAUCUCUACGUUUGGCAGUCUCCAGGCCGCGAUUAAUGCACAGCCAGAGCAAAUCAGCUCUGUGCCUGGCUGGGGCGAGAAAAAGGUUCGGCAGUGGAGCAAUGCUGUUCGAGAAGACUUUAGAGUCGAAGCAUCAAAGAAGAAAGUGGCUCCUUUACGACAAGAGAGAAUCGUUGAAGCAGAUGCCGGUCAUGGAGAGUUUGGAGACAACGAAGAAGACGAGAUUAUGCUUGCUUCAGCUCGGCGUGCAAGUCAGGACAAGGCGGAAAGAGAGCCGGAUAAUACUACCCCCGGGUCUACAUUGAAUUCACAGGUCGACAAUAGCAUGAGCGAUGGCAUAAUGGAUGCACUCGCCAAACUACGCAAGGAAGGCGGAUGA